GAGGCCGCCGGGGACGCGGCUCCGAGCGGGGAGCCGAGGUCGCGCCGGGGUCCCGCGCCCGCGGGCCUUCGCCGAGGGGGAGGCGGGGCGGCGGCGGCGGCGGCGGCGGCGGCGGGAGGGGCGGUGCGGGAGGGCCGGGUGGCGGUUCGCGCCGCGGCCCUUUCUCCCGAGCGCGGAAACUCGGGGCUGAGAACUUCUCCCCGCCCGCGCCCCGCGCGCUCGGCGACCCCCGGCUCCCGCACCUGGUCCCCGGCCUGCCCCGCCCCCGGCCGCGCUCCUCUCGGUUACAAAGGAGGGAAAAUGAGCCGGGCGGCGGCGGCGCGGCGCGGGGCCCCCACAGCGGCGGCGGUCGCGGCCGCCCCCGGCACCACGUAGAGAAGCCCGUCCGCCCGCCCAGCCGCGGCCCAGGCCCGAGCCGAGCCGAGCCGAGCCUGCCGCUCGCCGCUCGCCUCCCGAGCCCUGCGCGUCGCCUCCCGGCCGGAGGAGGAGGAGGUGGAGGAGGAGGAGGAGGCGCCGCCUUCCCUGCGCCGCGCGCCCUCGCCGUUGUCUGCUCUCCGCUCUGGACCAGUUUGGGGAAGUUGCCGGGGCCCGGUGUCGCCCAGAUGUGCGACCUCAUUGAGCCCCAGCCGGCCGAGAAGAUCGGCAAGAUGAAGAAGUUGCGGAGAACUUUGUCGGAGAGUUUCAGCCGCAUCGCUUUGAAGAAAGAUGACACCACCUUUGAUGAGAUAUGUGUCACAAAGAUGUCUACACGGAACUGCCAGGGAAUGGACUCAGUGAUCAAACCCCUGGACACAAUUCCUGAGGAUAAAAAAGUCAGGGUUCAGAGGACACAGAGCACUUUUGACCCAUUUGAGAAACCAGCUAAUCAAGUGAAGAGGGUGCAUUCUGAGAACAAUGCUUGCAUUAACUUUAAGACCUCCUCCACCGGCAAAGAGUCACCAAAAGUCAGGCGGCACUCUAGCCCCAGCUCGCCGACAAGUCCCAAAUUUGGAAAAGCUGACUCAUAUGAAAAACUGGAAAAACUGGGGGAAGGAUCUUAUGCUACAGUAUACAAAGGGAAAAGCAAGGUAAAUGGGAAGUUGGUAGCCCUGAAGGUGAUCAGGCUGCAAGAAGAAGAAGGUACACCAUUUACAGCUAUAAGGGAAGCUUCUCUGUUAAAAGGACUAAAACAUGCUAACAUAGUGCUGCUUCAUGACAUCAUCCACACCAAGGAGACAUUGACACUUGUCUUUGAAUAUGUGCACACUGAUUUAUGUCAGUACAUGGACAAGCACCCUGGGGGACUGCAUCCAGAUAACGUGAAGUUGUUUUUAUUUCAGUUGCUGCGAGGGCUGUCUUACAUCCACCAGCGUUACAUUUUGCACAGAGACCUGAAACCACAGAACCUUCUGAUCAGUGACACGGGGGAGUUAAAGCUGGCAGAUUUCGGUCUUGCAAGAGCAAAAUCCGUCCCUAGCCACACGUACUCCAAUGAAGUGGUUACCUUGUGGUAUAGACCUCCAGAUGUCCUCCUGGGCUCGACAGAAUAUUCCACCUGCCUUGACAUGUGGGGAGUUGGCUGCAUCUUUGUUGAAAUGAUCCAAGGAGUUGCUGCUUUUCCAGGAAUGAAAGACAUUCAGGAUCAACUUGAACGAAUAUUUCUGGUUCUGGGAACACCAAAUGAGGACACGUGGCCUGGAGUUCAUUCUUUACCACAUUUUAAGCCAGAACGCUUUACCCUGUACAGCUCUAAAAACCUUAGACAAGCAUGGAAUAAGCUCAGCUACGUGAAUCAUGCAGAGGAUCUGGCCUCCAAGCUCCUACAAUGUUCCCCAAAGAACAGACUAUCGGCACAGGCCGCCUUGAGCCACGAUUAUUUUAGUGACCUGCCCCCACGGCUAUGGGAACUGACUGAUAUGUCUUCUAUUUUUACUGUCCCAAAUGUAAGAUUGCAACCAGAAGCUGGAGAAAGCAUGCGGGCCUUUGGGAAAAACAAUACUUAUGGCAAAAGUCUAUCAAAUAGCAAACACUGAUGAGCACAGCAUUCUCAAGAGAGCACAGGCUUAAGUUGUCAUCAUUCUGGGAAGAAAAAAAAACAUUAACGAAGUGGCCGAUAAUACGAAGGGAAUCAUGGAUCAGUUUCCUUUCACUCCUGGUGGUGGAUUUCACUUACAAGAAAAUUGAAGCUGGCAAGACCCUGUUUUCUCUGCAAUUUAUUUAAAACCUUGCACGCAUUUGGAUACCUUGUGAUUUCCGAGAACUAUGUGAAGAUUAAGCUUUGCUUACUGAUACAUGGCAUGUAUUCUUUUCAGUCUCUUGUGUUUGAUUUUGUUUGAUUUCCCUCUGCAGCACAGCGUCUCUGGAAAGGUUUUUAUGCUUUCACCAGCCAUGUCUUAAAUACGUUAAGACAACACAUUUGGUGUUCGCACUUCUUCAGUAAUGUCUGUACUUGAAAGCCACAUAGUGGCAUAAAACAAUGCGUGUUUUCUUUGAGAGUGGUGCACAUUUUGCAACCACUAGGAAGGAAAUUUUUAGCUACAGCAAACCCAUGUUCUCUGACUGACUUGACAACUUGGUCCCUGGCUGUGGGGCUCCACUUGUCGCUUACCUUUUGAGGACAUUUGCAAAUAUGGUUUUUCUUGGAAAUAACUAUACAUUUACACAGGAUGUCGGAAUCUGCUUAGCAUUCUCAAGCCACAUAACACGACUGUUUUUUGAGUAGGUUGGAAGUGAAGAAACAAAUACCAAGCAUUAAGAACAAAGGCAGGGAUAAAUUGCUUACUUUUCAACCUCUGGAAAUUGAGGUAACUUUUACGUGUUUUCUGAGUCUUGUCAACAUCUUGUUUUUCCCAUCCACUCUGUUACACUUUGUAUUUUUCUAAAUGGGGAAAAGAGGAGGAACAGAAUGUUUAAAACUUGGAUGCAAAAAAAUUGUAUCCGCUGGAUGAGCUCUGAAAGCCCUCUUUGCUAGUUAACGUUUAAAAAGCAAAUUACAAAGGUAUCCAGAGUUAAAAAUUUACAUCAAAGCACCUUCAAAUUACAUUUUUAAGAAACAUUCUAAGCUGAUUGGAAGACAUCAUUGUGUACCUUAACUUUAAACCGUCUGUGAGAAAAACUGUUCGAAUGCAGGUUUCAGAAAUAAUGCAGGAGUCUUGCUUUAAAGACUGAAAAGGGAAAAAGAAAGGCGCAGCUUCCCUUGUUUAAGGAGUUGCGGGGCCUUGGAGGAUGAAGGUGAGUAUGUGACACGGAGGACAGAGUGGAUUAGGCAUGCGUUGUGCUUUGAUCCAGAGGGAGCGCUGCCUGGUGUAGGCCGUCUCCCAGUGGGGCAGGACUCGCUGCAGAAUCCCAAAUAAUACUGAGGCCAAGGUUAGGAAAUUCCUCUAAAGCAUGAAACCUGGCUCCUCAGGAUACAAGUUCCUAUGGAAAUACCUUUGUGUACAUUGUUUUACAUUUUCCUAUUAGUCAGAAAGGAGAGACUAAGAGCUUGAAAUGUGUCACACUUUUUAUGAUGAAGACUAGGAAUUAUGAGCCAGUUUGACAAAGACUUUCUCUGAGAAUCAAGUGAGGGAAAAGCUUUUCUACAGUCAAACCCAGUAUACUUAGGAAAUUGGACCCAGAAUUCCUAAACAUUAAAAUGGUACCUUCCCCCGAGUGAGGGGUGAGUAUAUACGUCAAGGUCACAAUCCGUCCUAUCCAGAAGUAGCAUUCUUUGUAAGCUUCGAAGUGCUAAGCAAAGAAUUAUUUACUGAUUGAUUUUAAAGAGAACCAAAGUCACCCAAGGCUAGAAUGUUUGCUAUUUGCUACCUAGAAAUCCUUUCCAUUCUUCUUUCAUAUAUUCCAACCCGUUGGAAGUCUUUGGAGGUAUUUUGAUUUAACGUGUACUUAAAUUAGGAUUUCUUGAAGUAAACACAAAGAGAAAACUUUACAUGCAAUCAAAAACAGCCUUUCCCGUGAUUUGUUUUGAAUUAUUCAUUUAAGGGAGAGGCAUAACUUUUGUAUUUUACAAAGUUUAGAACAACUGAUGAUGAAAUCUUGCUAUUUAAUAAGCUUUCUAACUUGAAAAUUUGAAAAUAUUUAAUGUUAAAAGACUUCAGUUAGGAAGGUUAGAGUCAUUCAGCGAUAUAUGCCCUUUCAUAGGCAGCUUCUCUUGGGAAAUCAAACAUGAUGCUACUCAGUGGGGGGCGGGGGAUGGGAGGGAUCUGUUCUUACAGAAACGUACAUGUCAGAGGUUUGGGAGGUUUUUAGUUCCCCAUCUUUGCCAUUGGUACAGGACAUCCAAAGUUUGGUUUGUGUCUCUCCUUUCCUCUCCCAUUUGUAAUCACAUUCUCCGUCUCCUUUUCCCACCUUCUCUUGCUGAGGGCAGUCGUAGAAAUCAUUACAGACUGUGUUCAUUAGCAGAUUUAUUAUUCUAUUGAGAAAGCACUGGAAUGUUUUGUGAGACUAUUUUUAUAUGAAGGAGUAGCUUGAUUUCAAACAGCUGGAAUAGUUAGAACACAUUAGCAUGGUGAUUAUAUCAAUGUGACAUCAUGGCACACAUAGUAUUCUGAAAGGAAAUUUGGGACUUAAUUUCCAUUUUCUUAAAGGAACAGUUUGGUUAACUUAAAAAUACAAGAUACAGUGGACAUGAAAACAAUGUUUGCAGUGUUCAGAAAAACAGAGGGUGUAAGGCAGGGGUGGCUGUCCACCCACUGAUACAAGGUUGAGAAGCUAUUUCUACCUCCCAAGAGUGAUAAGAAAAGUUUCCAGGGGAGCCUCCAGGCUUGCAGAGAAAGCAAAGCCUCUUGGUAUUCUUUCCUCGGUGUGUACCUGACAGCCAGUGUAAUCAAUAUCCUAGGUAAUGCGUCUACAUAAGAUACUUAUCUGUGAAUAUUACUGGUUUUGUAAUCUUUGUUAUAUAAGAGGAUGUUUAGGCUGUACAUACUGGGGUAGAUUAUUGCCUGCCCCCUAUACAUAGGAAUAUGCUGCAUAAUUGAGCAUAACUUCCAUCUCCCUUACUGGCUUGUAGGCAGAGGAAACCGUAUAUGUUACUGCCUUGCAAUUUUCUCAUAUACCAAAAACAAAAAAACAAACAAAAAAAAUCUCAAAUAAAAUAAGCGGUCUCCUAUUCUCCCCUUCCCACAGCAGCAUAUUUUAGAGGCACAUACAAAAUCUACAUUCUCUAGUUGGGAGUGGAUUUUUUUAUUUUUCUUUUAUCUUUUUUUUGUAUGAUACACUGAGAUGUGUACUUUCUACAGGGGGUCGGUAACUAAGAAAUGUGCUAGCAUCAUUCAAAAAACUAUUAUACUUCAAAAUGACACAUAGUAAGGAGGAUGGAAUAAUACAUGUUGCAUAUUUGUUACCAAUUGUAAUUUGUCUGUAUCAUGAAAGAUGUAAUGGUUUGUCAGCUGUCACUGUUGUUUCCUUGUAACAUGAUAUGGAAUAAAGUAUAGCAGACUCUC